AUGACAACUUCUGACAACAAGUAUACCUGGCAACAGGUUGAGCAGGGGGUUUGGCAACGCUCUGUUGAUGAGAUUGAACAAGCUUAUGCGGUUUUAUCGAAGUUAUAUGAAGGCAGCGGCCGAAUGUUUUUCGCUAUCACCGGUCAUGUAUCACUUUCCUUCGACCUUGUUGAUUCCCUUGACAAUGGCUCGGAUACUCGCGUUGAUACAGCUCUGCGUAAUGCUUGGCUCACGCUCAGGCACAAUCACCCGACAAUUGCGUCGCAAGUGAAACAUAGUGCAGGCACGAAUGAUUUUGCUAAGUUGUAUCGCACGAUUCCUAUCGUAGCUGAUCAGCAGGCCUGGCUCGACCAAACGUUUGUCAAAGUCUCGACACAUCAGACUGGCUCUGAAUGGGCAAACAGCGAUCCUCCCGCUCCAGAGCUUCCAACUUUGUUUGUUAUAACACCUCCCACUACACCACAGGAGGAGAAUCAUCCUGGCCUGAUCCGCCGCGACCUUGUUCUCCGUUCUCCCCAUGAUGUCAUUGACGGUAUUGGGACUCUUCUACUCUUGGGAAAUCUCGUUAAGAUCAGCUCGAAAGCAUACAACCAAGGAUCUUCAUUUAAACUUCCUACAUUUGACGAUGGCUCUGAGUUGGACAAUAUGAGUCCACCUUUUCGCGUGGCGGCAAACAUAUCAAAAAUCCUGACAGAGCGGCAGCAACAGCGAUUAAGGCACAUAGCAGCUUUAAAAGAACAGCAAUUGGCAAGCGAUAUCCCUCUGCUACUUAUUCCGUGGAAGCAAGGGGAAGUUGUUCCUGGCAAGCAUCAGCGGAUUGCCCUGACGCUUUCACAAGAGAAGACUUCGAAGCUACUGCAUGCAUGCUCAUAUGUUGGUGUUACUGUAACCCAUACAUUCCACGCUGCCAUACCCAUCAUGAUGAGAGAUCUUCAGGAAAAGGGCCCCAAACAACAGAAGGUCAGAUAUGUCAGCUAUAUUUUACGGAAUGAACGUGGAAACUGCACUGCACCGUACAACUCUGCGAAGCAUCCUGCUGCAUUGUAUCACUCAGGAUCAGGAACGAGCCUGUUGGUGGAUAUGACCAUUCCAGCUGCUGGCAGUUACAGCACCUUGGAUCAGCAGCAGGCGGAAUCUCAAGACUUCUUCAGAGUUCUCCAAGAGAUGAAGAAAUUCUAUAAUGGUGUCCGCGAUGAUCUAGAGCAUCUUCAACUUGUACCAUACUAUUGGGCUGCUGGCACAAGGCAGCUGCCGCCAGCGGUGGAGGGGCCUUUAGCUGUCCCGCCUCCCAGUGCUCAACCGUCUGUAUCAAUUUCUAGCCUGGGCAUUGUUGAUAAGAUCAUACCUCCAAAGGAUGGUGUUAUCUCCGUUUCCGAACCAUGGGUAACUGGAGAAGAGCUUCGGAAUGGCCUUGGGUUUUUCUUAGGAACAUACAGGGACCAACUGUGCUUGAGCGCUGCAUAUAACGAUGCAUGGCAUGAGAAGCAAGAAGUCGAAAAGUACCUAGAAAUGUGUAUGGGUAUUGUAUUUAAAGGGCUUGAACCUUAUAUAUUCUAA